UCCAUUGAGAGUAUGAGUGGUCCACUUCCUGGACCGGAGCAUGGUGGUCAGGACUUGUAGUGUCGUGGAUGGAUGUUGACGGACACAUAUGCUCCUCACCACUGAUGCAGAGGUGAUAGGACUCGCUGCCUGCCAUGAGGACAGAGAGGGGAAGCAUGCUGCAACUCGCAGCGGAGGCUUUCCGGUCCAAGAACUUCGACUUGGCGGCGGAUAUUUACGAGUGUCAGCUGGUGGGAGUCGGAGACCCGGGGAACCGACAGGAGCUGAUGGUGAAGUGGGCUGACGCCCUCGCUCUUGGGGGUAAAUUCCCCGAAGCUUUCGCGGUCUACCGGCAAGCCUCAGAGAUAGAGAGUCUGACACCUGGUCAGCUGGAAAACCUCAUAGAAUUUUUAUCGGGGAGUAUCAGGAGGCAGGACGCGGGUGAAAGCCGGAGCUGUAGCCCGGGGAGAGGAGGAGAGGAGGCGGCGGCGGCUACUGCUGUCGUUCGCCCCGCUGUCGGUGCCACAGGUUGCGGGCGUCCGGACUUCUCCUGCCCGAUAUGUCUGAGCUUUCUGUUCGAGCCCGUGACUUUGCCGUGCGGACACUGCUUCUGUAAGAAGUGUCUGGAGCGGGAGAAGAAGGGGAAGAUUUGUAAGCAGUGCGGGGACAGCAGCGUGCCCGCCGGGCUCCACAGUGAGUACCGGGUCAACGUGAUCCUCAGCGGUCUGUUGACCAAGUGCUUCCCGAACCUGCAGCAGGCAGGCCGGCUGAGGCGCGAGGGCAACGGGCUGUACGCUGAGAGGAAGAUGGAAGCCGCGCUGGAGAAAUACAACCAAGCCAUAAUGAUGGCACCAAUGGACCACAUCCUCUUCAGUAAUCGCUCCCAGAUCCACUCAAGUCUAAAACACUAUGAGAAGGCUCUCAAAGACGCAGAGAUGGCCUGCAGACUAAAGCCUCUCUGGUCUAAGGGUCACAUCCGUAAGGCCCAGGCACUGGUGUCGCUGGGCAGAGCAGAGGAAGCCCUGAGAGAGUACCUGGUCUGUUUGUCCAUGGAGCCUGACUGUAGACUGGCUAAGACCGAGUCUUACAAGCUCCUCAGUCAUCUGCUGGCUCCAGUCAUGGAUCAGGUCCCUGAGCACAUCUUAGACUUCUCCAACAUACUGUCUUCCAGAGCACACAUCAAAAACAACAUCCCUUCCAGUGCUCCCUUCCAGACUCUUAAUCCUAACAUAUUGCCAUCCGAGUCCAGGCGAACCUCCAGUCCUCCUGCACAAGAGAUGUCAGAUUGCAGCAAGGAUAAAGGUCUAGGAAAACCUGACACCUGGAGGUCCAUUCACAGUUUUAUGCUGAAGCGCAAACGAAGGAACUCGGAGGAGGACGAGAAGGUGGACGGGCAGAGACGGGGGAGGGGCGAUGAACACAAGCGAUUCAGAUCUGAGUCAACGGCUGAGACUGAUUCACUGGGUUCUGAGAUCGCUUCUGUCUUGGACCCGACAGAUCUGGAGUGUUCCCUUUGUAUGAGACUGUUCUAUGAGCCAGUGACGACGCCGUGCGGUCACACCUUCUGUCUUCGGUGUUUGGAGCGCUGUCUGGACCACAACCCAAAGUGUCCUCUCUGUAAAGAACAGCUGUCUGAGUACCUGGUCCAGAGACAGUACUCUAAGACCCUAUUAGUGGAGAAUCUGAUAUCCAAGUAUCUUCCCUCUGAGCUCAUGGAGAGACAGAAGGUCCACCAGGAGGAAAUGGCUGAGUUCUCCAAUCUGAACAAGAAUGUGCCUAUAUUCGUGUGCACCAUGGCCUUCCCCACUGUGCCCUGUCCCCUCCAUAUCUUCGAGCCAUGCUACAGACUGAUGAUUCGCCGAUGCAUGGAGACGGGAACCAACUGCUUUGGCAUGUGUCUAGCAGACAACCUGAAGGGAUUUGCAGACUACGGCUGCCUGUUGGAGAUCUGUGAUGUCAAGUUCUUCUCUGAUGGUCGUUCAGUGGUGGACACCAUUGGCAGACGGAGAUUCAAAAUCAUCAAGCACAAAGAGAGGGAUGGAUACAAUACAGCUGAUAUAGAGUACCUGGAGGACACCAAGGUGGAAGGUGAAGAAGAGCGUGAGCUGCAGUCUCUGCAUGAUUCAGUAUAUGACCAGGCCCUGGUCUGGGUCAACUCCCUGAGGGCUGAGCAGAAGGCACGCAUCGAAGGACACUUUGGACCCAUGCCUGAGAAAGACUCCGAACUGCAGGCAUGUCCAAACGGUCCAUCAUGGUGUUGGUGGUUACUAGCUGUUCUUCCAUUAGAGGGCCGAGCUCAGCUGCCAUUCCUGGCCCUCACCUCUCUGAAAGAUCGUCUCAGCGGUAUGCGCAAGGUGCUGCUCUUCAUCACCCAGAGCAGACAUCGGUGACGAGCUCUGUCAAAGUAUUCACCCACCUGUCAAACGCAGUAACCACCUUCCCUGCAUACACCCUUGCCCCAAAGCAGCGGUUGACCUGCUGCUCCUCCUCUUUGAUGCACAAAAAACUGACAGUUCAUUUUGUUGCAUCUUCCCCAUUUUGAAACCAUUCAUUUCAGAAAUCCUUCAGAAAUCGGCGCUGGAUUUCAGCUGCACCUCGGCAGCGAGAUGAAAUGCAUCUUAGUAAACAGACUUCUUCCUUUCAUAAUGUUGUCAACGCAUCUCACAGAGAAGUUACCACGUUAAGCUACAGUCAGACAGGAGGGAAAAUGGGGUUGCAGAAUCGUCACCUUCCAUUGUAACAUUUGAUCAUCGAUCAUUUGUCGAUGUCAGUGCUAAUGUACACGAGCUGGGUGUACUUUUUUGUUUUAACACCUCAAUGUAAACAGCAACAAGCUGUUGUGCUGAAAUGUCUUCAUCUGUCUCUGCGCCAGUGUUGCCUUUCUGGCCUUUCACCAUUUUUGUAGUUCUCUGCUCUUCCUCUUGCAUACAUGUGCGUGUGUGCAAUGACACGUCUACUUCCUUGCAGUGCAGCUGCCUGUCUCAUCACAGCUUUAAAGCCUAGAUGAGGAAAGUUCAGAAUCAAAUCUAUUGUAAUGGACAACGGACAUUAUUUUCGCAAAUUAAUGUCCCCCAUCCUGUAUAUCGUAAUAUAUACAUCACAUUUUUGCAAGAGACCAAACUGAAAAUGAUUUGUCUUUAAAUGCACUCACAUGUUCGUGAUUAACACAAAUACUGUUAAGUUAUGAUUGAAUGCAGUAAUUUAAACUUAUAUUUGGGAGUGAAAUUGGAUAUAGACACAGAUUCACAGAUAAUCUUGACUAUAUAUAGCAUAAAUAUGUUUCUCACCCUCCAUUUCUGUCUCAUCAAGCUGACUAUCAAUGGACUGAACUUUUACAUUAGUGUGCUUCAAGGCUUUUGUUAUUGUUUUAUUCAAUCAUUCAAUUUUUACCAUUAUUUAUAUUUAUCAUUAUUUAUGCAUGUAGUGAUAUUGUUUACAUUUUACAGAGAGGGAUGCUGUACUUUGCAAAAUAUCAUUUGACUCCAAACAUUAGCAACACUUAACCUGCUAACAUGGAGCUAACAUGGCUGCCAUUGAACAUUGCAGGGAACCUGAGGGCAUGUUCCCUCCCAGACCCACCACCGUUAAGAUCACUGAUGACCUAGAUCUCUGUAGCAUAUUUAUGGGUCUGUCAUAAUCCAAGCGAUACAGUAGUACUUUGAUUUUACACAUUUGGAUUCCCUCAUUGUCAGCAGCCUCUCUGUUGCCUGUAUAUUUAAACUCCUAAUGCCACAAGAAGUUCCCCUGAGUAUUUAUUGUGACUUAUUUUGCACUUCCAUUCAAAGUAAGGGAAAUAAAUGGCACAAAUAAGAGUUUUUGUAUGUAUUUCCACCAUGACAGGAGCGUACUACAUUAUGGAUAACCACAGGAUAAAGUUAAAUCACCUGCCAGUUAAAUGAAUCCCUAAGUCUAUGCCAUUUUGCAUUUUGAACAUGACCGAUUAAGAUCUAUGUUCAAUUGACUGUGACAUGCUGUUCAUUUAGUAAACGAUAGUAGUGCCUUCUAUACAGAGAAAUGCUGUGGAACUAUUAUUAUCUAUAUACAAACGUGGUAAAUUGUACCCGUGUGAAUGGAAAAUUUUGCAUUGAAAAUAUUGUUUCAACGGGAAGAAGGAAAAAAUCAAAAAUGGAACAAAAGGAGCUCUUUUUGAAAGAUAUUCCUUUAAAACAUAGUUUUGAGGGGAGAAAAUAUGUUUUAAAUACUGAGGCCUUGCUGCUGUGCACAACUGUUUUUACAUUGCUCCUCUCUGGAGAAUGUUGAGCUUUUGUCUUUAUGUUAUAUACAUGUGUUUGAUUUAAUGUUGCCAUGUCAAUCAGGUUCUUUGUACUUCAUAACUAUUAUAAUGUAUAAAAAAUUCACCUCAUUUCAUAUGUAAAAGUACAUGGAGUGUUAUGUCAAAUUAUCUACAUUUAUAAUUAUCUUCUGAAAGGGCCAAAGCCAUGUAAUGCAUAAAGAUGUAACACUGAUACAAGUUUAAUAACAUAUUUUUUAUAUAUUUUUCCCAGUGUUAUUUGUUGACAUAGAAUAUGGCAUUAUUUUAGUUGUGUGUUUUUUUUUCUUUUGGUUUGUUUUUUACAAUUACAAACAGCAAUACUGAAUAAAGUACUAUUGUAUGAUUUAAUGAGCCACAAAAUGUUUUUUGAAGAGGCAUUUUUAGUAAAACCAGUAUGUAAAUGUUAAUAAUACACAUUUCAUUUCCUGUUGCUAAUAAUAAUGACGAAUAAUGUUGCAUUAGUCUUAGUCAACUUAUCGGACUGGACAGGAAAGGGAAAAGCCUAAUGUGAUCACACGUUAAGCAUAAAAAACAUUCCAUAAAUAAUACAAAUUAUAGCCUUGUUUAUGGGUUAUGUCCUAAUGGGUAUAAAGUAAUGGGUAUAAAGUGCCAUUAUUUCUGAAUUUUCCCCAAAAAUAGUUAUUUGUUAAAAUAAUAAUGAUAACAACUCAAAGAGCUGCACUAUCAAAUUGGAAAUUAGUUUAUAGAUAUGUAAUGAUUAACUAAAAUACUUUUUACUUUAUUUUUUGAUAUUUUCUUUCAUUAAAGUUUCAUUGAAAAUGGUGGUAGCCACAUUCUUGUUAGGCUAGAAUUUUGUAAGCUAAUAAGCUAAUAGUUGUAACCAGAUGCUGGGUAGCUUAACUUGAUAAAUAACCCCCACAAAACCAAUUUUGUCCAAACAUUUGAAUGAACCAACAACACUAUGUUCAAUUAUUUAGAGUUUUAGAGGUGAAACACAUGAAAGUUAUACCAGUUUAACCUAAAUGUACCGCAUACUACAGCUUCCUUAUUAGCAUACAGACCUCAUGAUAUCCAGAUAGCUCUUCACAAAUAAAAUGAAUAAGUGUAGAAGACUAUGUUUAAACAAUUCUUCUAGACUGUAUGUAUGGGCUCACGCAUACAAUAUUAUUAAUGUAAUAUAAGUUUGUAGUCAUUCAUUCAUUCAUUUGACCCACAUUAGCAGCAAGUGCAGCAACUUUGAAUGUGACCAUUUUUACUAUUCUACUAUAUCCAUAGCCUUAAUUAAGGACUGUCUUAGAGGAAAAAAUAUGUGUUGGCAAACAGCACAGGUUAGAAGUGGAAGGUGGAAUAUAAAUACAUUGGCAUGAGUCUUGGUGUCAUCUUCUCCUUAAAGAGACAUAUGGCAAGGGGUUUUAACAUAUAAUUGGCAGACUACCGAUAUCUUCAAUGUAAUUCUUCCUAGUCUUACUCAUCCCAUUGACUUCACAGACAUCCGUAAUUAGUUUUCAACUACUUUUCUAGUCAGUAAUUCAAGUUCAAGCUAUUAUUCUCAAUUGAAGAUAUCUACAUUGUCAUUUUCAGAUAUGUUUUUAAAGAAGUUCUACCUCUGGUACCGUCCUUGAGCACAAGCAGAUUAGAGCAUCAAAAUCUGUGUCUCAAAAGUCAAACGUUGUACAGCGAUAAAGCCUGUGCUUAAAUGCACCAUUGUUAACACCUCAUAUGUAUCAUAUGUAUGUAACAUACAGUAUAUGAAAGUUUAUGUCACUUUAUUUGUGAUAAGUUUGAUUCUUAUCCAAAAUAUUUAAAUUAUUUGAGUGUCUGAUUUAUUAUCAGUGAUAACUUGAACAGCCUUUUGGAAAGAAAGUCACUUUUUUAGGCUUUCAUCGAAGUGAGGUUAAUAAAACCCUGGCUGCUGCUUCUCUUACACAACACGCUUGCUUUGUCAAAUAUUUGGCUUGUAAAUCCUUCACAAAUAAAAGCUUCACCGAGCACUUCUAACACACUCAAAUAUUCUCUAUGACCGGUUGACUCCAUGGCCUCUAAAUAUGUCGAGUUGAUUUGGCACAAGAUAAAUAUGUGUCUUGAAUUGUUCAGAUGUUUUCUGUACUUGUCUGCUUUUAUAGUAGAGUACAGUGUGAAGCUACAGUGUGUGAAUAAACCAAAAGGUUUGGGUAUGUGAUCCUAUAUUCUGCAUUUCUUUUUAAAGAGCAUUGGUUCAGGUCAUACGUCAUGGAGCAUGUGUUGAAUAAUUCACAGAAUAAACAAGCUAAUCUAA